CUAACAAUUCCUUGAAUUUUACCACAUUGUUUUUCUAUCGCAUAAGAUCUACUUUUAAGUUUAUCCACCCCUCAGCCCACUUUGUUUCAAGACUGACAUUAGUAUAACGUUAAACAUCACAGUUUCCAUGAAAUUUAUUUACGAAUUUUCUUAUUUCCUUGUUCACUUAUUCAAAUAGGCUCAUGUAAAGUUUAUCGAUCUCAAGACAAGGGAGUUGGAAAAGGUAUUUCAACUACAGUAGAUUCAUCUUGCCCAGCUCCUUUUGUACUGAAUUUAAAAGUUGAUGCUCAAGUAAGAACACGUUUAUUUAUCGCAGUUUAUCUCAUUCUGUAUUGUGUUGUGCAUACCAUUUAGAAAGUUUUGAAUCAGUGAUAUGUGCGUUCACAUAAAAGUAUGCGUCAGGGUUGAAUAUAAAUUCUCAUUCUUAUGAGCAUUAUGUCGUGAAGCGAAUUCUACCAACGCUCAAAGUUUGACACUUUUAAACUUGCUUUACACCCCUCACACUUUUAACAACCAAAAAGCAGUAAAAGUACAAUUAAGAACUAGAUCUAAAUUUAUACUUGGCAUAUUGUCCAAAAUUGCAUGAAUCGGUUUAUUCUUUUAACAGCCUGUUGUAAAUAUAAAACUUCAGGUAAUGCUACUAAGAAACUUGGAUACUAGCCGUGAACUUGUCAACGGAGCACGAGGCAUAGUAGGAAAGAUAAACAGUGAUACUGGUCUUCCUGAAGUUCGAUUUUAUCCCGCAAAAGCGAAUGGAUCUAAUGGCAUCUUACAUGUUGUGCAAAUUGAAAAGUGGACGAUUCGUGGGAUUGAUGCCAAAGAAAUCGCAAGUCGACGUCAAUUACCACUAACUCUGGCUUGGGCAAUAUGCAUCCGUAAAAGUCAGGGGAUAACAUUGGAAUAUGCAGAAUUAGCUCUGUCAAAAGUUCGUAUUUUGCAAUAGUGUGACGGACUAAAAUGUUUUAUUUUCGUAAUAAAUAAUUUAGUUCAAAGUAGUUGGCGUCCAUGUUUGCAGAAUACGUACGUUCUCAACCGAUUAACUCACAAUCUUUUGUUUCCAACAUUGUUGUUACUCUAAAACUCUCAACGGAGUAUCUUCUGUUACUAGUGAUAAUGAAAUUGGCACUUUGCAAUUAAAAAGUAAUGAAGAAAAAAAUGAAAGAUUUGAUAAAUCAUAGUAAUUAUACCAGGAUAGUGUAUAAA